AUGAGCGACCACACAAGAACCGUCUCGCCGUCCCCCGAGCGGAAACCGAUGCACGACGACCCCCGACGCAUCGGCAGCUCGUUCCUCUUCCCCUCGGGCGAGAGGGCCAAGUCGUGGCAGGACAGCUACCUGUUUGAGCUGAUCGGUCAGCGCAACACCGAGCAGUACGAGAUCAACGAAAAGGGCCAGCAGACGGUCAAGGUCAGCGAGAUCGACGAGGUCCGCGCCGAGCAGCCCCACGGCGAGGCCGCCAUCCCAAAGACUCUUGGAUGGAAGGGCGCCUUCUUCAACCAGGUCGCCUACGCCAUCGCCCUCGGCAUCCUCAGCAUCCCAAAGGUCGCCGUCACGCUCGGGGUCGUCCCAUUCCUGCUCCUCAGCUUCUUCUUCGCUUUUGUCUGCUGGUACACGGGACUGCAGUACUUCAACCUCAAGAGGCACUUCCCGGGCAUCCAGAACCUCCAGGAUGCCGGCAACCUCAUGUUCGGUCCCAUCGGUGGCAACUUCCUCGGAUUCGCCCAGCUCAUCUUCAGCAUCUUCCUCCAGGGCAACCACGUGCUGCUCGGCGCCCAGGCCUUCUCGGUGCUCGGCUGGAACUCGUGCGCGAUUGGCCUGGCGGCGACGUUUGCCGUCAUCUCGUUCCUCUUUACGCUCCCGCGCUCCUACAAGCUGUUUGCGUUCCUGGCGUUUGCCUCGUUCACGUCCAUCUUCACCGUCGUCAUCAUCGCCAUGAUCGCCAGCGGUGUCACUGGCCCCACCAACGCACCGCCCAACGCCCCGCCGCUCGUCAUCAAGGCGUUUGGACCCCCGCCCGGCCUCGAGACCGACUUCCUGACCGGCUUCCUCUACGUGCUCAACCUCUUCGUCAGCUUCGGCGCCAUCCCGAGCUACCUGCCCAUCAUCUCCGAGAUGCGCAACCCGCUCGACUUUAAGAAGAGCCUGACGGUGCUGGUGGCCGUGCAGCUGGUGCUCUACACCAUUGUCGGCGGCGUCAUCUACAGCAACCUGGGCCAGUACACGACCUCGCCCAGCCUCAACAGCCUCUCGCCGACGAUGAGCAAGGUGGCGUACGGCAUCGGUCUGCCCACGAUCCUGAUCGCCGGCUGCGAGAGCGGGCAGGUGGCGGCCAAGCACCUCUACGUCAUGAUCUUCCGCACGCGGCCCCGCCACAUCCACGAGAGCACCAAGACGGGCUGGAUCGCCUGGGUGCUUAUCAACGUCUUCACCUGGACCAUCGCCUUUAUCCUGGCCGAGCUCAUCCCCUUCUUUUCGUCGUUCCUCGGCCUCGAGGCGGCGCUCUUCUGGUCGCUCUUCACGGGCCUCUCGGCCGUCAUGUGGCUCUACCUCAACCAGGGCCAGUGGGUGCUCACGUGGCGCAAGGUGGUGGGCCUGUCGAUCGCGCUGCUCGUGGUGGCGGCCUCGGCGGUGCUCUGCGUCGCGGGCGUCUGGGCCUCGGCCAUCUCGAUCCGCGACUCGUACAACAGCGGCGUCGUGGGCAGCCCCUUUUCGUGCCAGGUGGGCAGCGCCUGA